GAACCAGGCCAGUCUCUCAGUACUCACUCUCUUGUUAAGAGACGCGAGAGAAGCGAGCAAGUCGAAAUGGCAAACGGCGUGGUAAUGGCGCGAAACACUUGACUGAAAGGCAGCGGUGCGACGCGUUUCACCGCGGCCAUGCGAUCGAAUCGUUUCGCGUUUUCGGAAAUCACCGUCUGACGAUCGCCGAAAGAUCGACGUUUUCUCAAUUCUCACCUCACGAGACUUUGCCUCAUGAAUGCGUACGUCACUUGGUGAAGUAUCUCGGAAACAGCCGGAACAAUGUACGGCAUGCUGUUGGAGAGUGUCCAGCACUUCGUGCAGUUAGAAUAUGGCGAGGAUGUGUGGCUUCAGCUCCUGGAAAGAGCUGAUUGCAAGCAUAUGGUUUUCAACACGCGGCAAACGUAUCCCGACGAGCUCAUGACGAAUUUAGCUGCUGCGUUGGCCGAAUUCAACGGCGAGUCCAUGGAGGAUGUAAUGCAAUUCUUUGGGAAGUGUUUCGUUCGAUUUUUUAGCAACUUAGGAUAUGCCUGCAUGAUAAAAGCCACUGGCCGCUAUUUUUGUGACUUUCUACAAAGCGUCGACAAUAUUCACAUGCAGAUGAGAUUCACGUACCCAAGAAUGAAAAGUCCUUCCAUGUACACUACACACGUCGACCCACAAGGUGUAGUGUUGGUUUACCGAAGCACUAGGAAAGGAUUUACGCAUUAUCUCAUGGGUCAGUUGUUUCAAAUAGCAAAAGAGCUGUACGAAACAGAUUUGGUCAUACGAGUAUUAGGAAGUUCAAACAAUAUCCCUGGAUCCAGAAGCGUAAUGGUUAAAUUCCGAAUCGAUUUCGACAAUCGUGAAUACAUCGCGAAGAACAACAGUAUGAAAACUCCGCUUGGCCGUGAAUUGGCACCGGUGUCAAUCUCGUUCCUCUUGCGCCUUUUUCCAUUUGGAGUGAUAAUCAACAAGGACAUGAAAAUAUUGGGGGCCGGUGAUAAAUUGCUGCAAGCGUGGGGCGGCAGUUCGUCCAUCUUGAACAAACACGUCACGGAUGUUUUUAAAGUUCGCAGGCCUAAAGGGAUAUCUUUCACAUGGGGAAACGUGAUGUACUUGCAUUCGGUGAUGUUUGAACUGGAGUUAAUCAGAUUAAACGAUAACGAUGCUUCGUCAAACUCAGACAAUACGCCGAGCACCAGCUCCGGAUUGGAUAGGCGAGGCAGUCAAGGAGCUAGAAGCAUACUGCUGAAAGGUCAGAUGAGAUAUAUCGAGGAUCUUAAAGCAAUUAUUUUCCUGUGUAGCCCCCUAAUUAACAGUCUAGACGAACUGCUUAACAUGGGACUGUACCUGAACGAUCUGAAUCCCCAUGGCUUGAGUCGUGAGUUAGUACUCGCCGGAUGGCAGCAUUGCGGAAGAUUGGAGAUGAUGUUCGAGAGAGCCGAGCAAAGGUCGACCGAAUUGGAGAACAGUUACGCGUUAUUGGAUCGCUGGAAGAAUAAGAGCGACGAGCUUUUAUACUCCAUGAUCCCGCAGACAGUUGCUGAUCGAUUGCGUGCUGGAGCUAGUCCUUUGAGCACCUGCGAGUCGUUCGAGUCUAUCUCCGUGCUGUUCUGCGAACUUUGCGACCUGGACUAUUCGACGAUCGAGGGCGCGAUGGACAUCGUCUCGUCGAUGAACGCUGUUUACUCAUGUUUCGACUCGUUGAUGGAUGAAUUCAAUGUGUACAAAGUAGAAACCGUCGGCCGGGUUUAUAUGGCGGCCAGUGGUGCACCGGAUAGAACGGAGAAUCACGCGCAAAAUAUCGCGGAUGUUUCGUUGGAGCUGCUAAAACACGUUCGAUCCCUCAAGUUACCCUCUGGCGUUGAUAUCCAAAUUCGUAUAGGUAUUCAUUCUGGACCAGCUGUGGCAGGUGUAGUUGGCAUCAAAGUACCUAGAUAUUGCUUCUUCGGUGACACUGUGAAUACCGCUUCCAGAAUGCAAACAACUAGCCUGGAGAGGAAUCUGCCCGUGUCAAACGUUCAAACGCACUACAACGUUACGAGCGCCGAGGUCGACGAUCUGCUGUCGAUAGACGAGGUGUCUUACAUCGAUUUCAAUUCAAAUGCAUCGAUUCCGUCGAAGAGGCCGAACGUCUGCAACAACUGUGUAUGCGGCGUGGGCAGGAAAACAAGGAUCGUUGGUGGAAACGUGACGAGCGUCUACGAAUUCCCCUGGAUUGUUAGCAUGAGUAAACAAGGCACAUUUUAUUGUGCUGGCAGUUUAAUCACGCGAAAACACGUACUCACGGCAGCACACUGCAUGGAAGGAUUCGACAAAAGGAGCAUCAAACUUGUCCUGGUAGACAAUGACCGAGAGAAAUUUGACAAAAAUGCCAUAAUUCGCCGUAUCAAAUCUGUCGUUAUUCACGAGAAGUUUCAUUCCUAUACGUACAACAAUGACAUCGCUAUCAUCGAGAUGGAUCGACCAGUGAAUGUGAAUGGUAUCGUGCGAACUGCCUGUUUGCCUGAAGACAAGGCGAUCGACUACACUGGAGCAACUGCCACAGUAAUUGGUUGGGGUCGGACAGGAGAGAGUGAGCCUGUGAGCAAUGAACUGAGAAGGGUGAAUCUGCCAAUUUUAUCGCAGGAAGAAUGCGAUCAAUCGGGUUACCAGACGAAUCGAAUCAGCGAGAAUAUGUUCUGCGCUGGAUAUCUGGAGGGUGAUCUCGAUGCUUGCUUUGGUGAUAGUGGCGGUCCUCUUCACGUGAAAGGAACGUUUGGACAUUUAGAAGUAAUAGGUAUCAUCUCGUGGGGUCGCGGAUGUGCAAGGCCAAACUUCCCCGGAAUUUACACGAAAUUAACAAAUUACCUCGGAUGGCUUAAAGAUCAUCUAGGCGGCGAAUGCGUAUGUCCGCCACCUCAUCGAUAUUUCUCUAACCGGAAGAUGAUGUGCCGACGAACCGUAUCGCGGGAAACAUGGACCUUCGGCUCGAUCUUGUUACUUUUCGCGCACGUGGCCAGUUUGAACGUGAAGUUUCUACAAAAUAACUCAUUGACCACGUCGAAUUUUAGUAUAACCAAUUCGAUCCGCAAUCGAAAGGGCAAGUUCCUGUUUGACGAAUUAUUCGGCCUUGACAUAAGUAGCACUCUGGAUGACGAUGAUCCUGUGUCGAGGAAUUGUACCUGCGAAUGCGGCAUAUCGAAUCAGGAGGACCGAAUCGUCGGUGGACGACCAACAACCCCGAACAAAUAUCCGUGGGUGGCCAGACUCGUGUACGAGGGUCGCUUCCACUGUGGUGCCAGCCUCGUUAACAAUGAUUACGUUAUUACCGCUGCUCACUGUGUACGUAGGUUAAAACGGUCGAAGAUCCGCGUGAUACUCGGUGAUUAUGAUCAACACGUGAAUACCGACGGAAAAGCCAUAAUGAGAGCUGUGAGCGCUGUAAUUCGUCACAGAAAUUUCGACAUGAAUUCGUACAACCACGACGUUGCCCUGUUGAAGCUUCGAAAGUCUGUGAAGUUUUCCAAAACUGUGAGACCAGUAUGUCUACCUCAAAAAGAUAGUGAUCCGGCUGGUAAAGAAGGCACCGUGGUAGGCUGGGGUCGUACGUCGGAAGGUGGAAUGCUUGCUGGGCAAGUGCACGAGGUCCAAGUGCCGAUAUUAAGUUUGAUACAGUGUCGUAAAAUGAAGUAUCGUGCGAAUCGAAUCACGGAAAACAUGGUCUGUGCCGGUCGAGGCAGUCAGGAUUCUUGUCAGGGUGAUAGUGGCGGGCCUCUGCUCGUACAGGAAGGCGACAAACUCGAAAUAGUUGGGAUAGUGUCCUGGGGCGUUGGUUGCGGUAGACCGGGAUAUCCUGGAGUAUACACCAGAGUAACUAGGUACCUGAACUGGAUUAAUACGAAUAUGAAAGAAGGAUGUAUAUGUACAAGUUAAAGAAGAUCGAUCGAUCAUCAGAAACUAUAGCUGUACAAAAUAAUUGAACAGGAAGCAAUAUUUUAUAGAAAUUUUC